AUGGAGGCGAUGGUGCUGCUGAACGCGCUGGGCACCCGGGUCCUCUUCGCCCUGCACGCGCUGCUGGGCGUCUGGCGGGUUACGGAGGUGAAGAAGGAGCGCAAGUACUGGCUGCUGGCGCUGCUCAACCUCCUGUUGUGCCUGGAAACGGCGCUCACGCUCAAGCUCAAGCGGGGAAGGGGCUACAAAUGGUUCUCACCGCCGAUCUUUGUCUAUCUCAUCAGCAUAGUGCCCUCCUUGUGGAUUCUGGAACUUCAGCCUAAAAAUCAGGUACUACUUCGCUUUUCUGCUUUCUGAUCUUUGCCUUUGCUGCAGCUGCAACAGGCCCAGGAGUUUGUCAGCACGCUCUCCAAAAUGUGUGAGCCCAUCUGGACGCUGAGCCUCCACCAGACCUUCCUGCUGCUCCUCAUCCUGGGCCGCUGGCUCCUUCCCAUCGGUGGGGAGAUCACCAGGGACCAGCUGUCUCAGCUGCUGCUGCUCUUCGUGGGCACCGCCGCAGACAUCCUCGAGUUCACCAGUGAAACGCUGGAAAUAGAGAACGUCCGGAACAAAGAUGCUCUGGUCUAUGCAAUCCUAGCCGUGUGGACUUGGAGCAUGUUGCAAUUUCCUCUGGAUCUGGCAGUGCAACAUCUCAACUGUGAUCGAGCAGCUUCAUCCACAAAAGUUUUUCAUCUGCUCCUCUGCAGACACAGUGCCGACCUGUGGAACAUCGGCAUCAGUUUGUUCAUCCAAGAUGGCCCUUUCCUUGUGGUGCGCCUGAUCCUGAUGGGCUACUUCCAAGUUGUGAACCAGAUGCUUGUGUUUUUUGCGGCCAAGAACAUUUUGAUCGUGAUGUUGCAGCUGUACCGCCUUGUGGUGCUGUCGCUCGACUUCCACGCCUCCCUCCAGCGCAGAGCAAAAAGCCAGAAAGGAGUCACUUCCUGUUGCCCCUGUGAGCCCAACUCCAUCAACCUCCCAUCCAAUGGCCUGCUGGACGGAGGCGACUCUACUGGCCUGGAGGAGACCUUCCCAGACUCAGCUGAGUGCUUGUGA